GUGUGUGUGUGUGUGUGUGUGUGUGUGUGUGUGUGCGUGUGUGUGUGUGUGUGUGUGUGUGUGUGUGUGCGUCUACAAGUGGAUGCAAAGUUUGCUGUUCUCAUCGAAUGCUUCUCAAGUUGUUGUCAUGCGUGGAUCACUACUUUUCCAUCUGUGCGUGUUUUUACUCUCGCUGGAAACGCUGACAUGUCAAGUCUUCCUGCGAGGCAACGUCAGGAGAGACGACUUGUACCGCAAAUGUGACAACGUCACGGUCACGUCGGAGGGCGGCGUCAUCCACAGCCCGCGCUACCCCAACUCGUACCCGCGGAACCUGCUGUUGCUAUGGAAACUGGUGUCGCCGGCGGGGAGCAGGAUACGCCUGGAGUUUGACGGUCACUUCGGCCUGGAGGAGGCGGAGAACAACGUGUGCAGGUAUGACUUUGUGGAAGUGGAAGACCGACUGGAGGCCAGCACUAUAAUUUGGGGUCGCUGGUGUGGGCAGAGAGCGCCACCGAGUGUCAACUCCAAAUCCAACGUCCUCACACUCACCUUCAAAUCUGACGACUACUUUGUAGCCAAACCCGGAUUCAAAGUCUACUACUCUUUACUGCACGACUCGCCUCUGCCUGCUUCACAGACCAACUGGGAGGCCGUCACCUCGUCGGAUGCCGAGGCUGAGGCUGCAGUGACGGAUGUUCCUCUCUCCCUGGAGGACUUGGACAGAACCGUAGCUGCCUUCGACACCGUGGAACAGCUCCUCAGAUCCCUCAACCCGGAUACCUGGAGACAAGACCUGGACAACAUCUACGCCCAGACGCAGGUUCACUAUCGGUCCCGAGCCUAUCAGCUGGCAAGCAGGCACAACAAAGUGGACCUGAACGGACUUUGUGACGACGUCCGGCGCUACAGCUGCACGCCCCGCAACUACUCCGUCAACCUGCGGGAGGAGCUGAGCACCACCAACGCCGUCUUCUUCCCGCGCUGCGUGCUGGUCCAACGCUGCGGCGGCAACUGCGGCUGCGGCACCGACGACUGGAACCACGGCUGCGCCUGCCGGGCCGCCAAGACCACGGUCAAGCUGCACGAGGUGCUGAAGUACGCCCCGGAGAGCGCCGUGGACCGACGCCGGCGCAGACCGAGGGCACGUUGGGUCCUGGACGAGGUCUUCCUCACGCACCACCUGGGCUGCGAGUGCGACUGUCCUUCCCGGCCCCCCCGCUGACCCCCGGGUCCUUGGGCACAGGUCUUCACUGGAACUGGUCUGGAGGGGAAACAGCAAGAGAAGAAGUCAUUCUGGUGAAGAUCAUGAAUAUGCAAGCCAGAGCUUCAUUUGGGACUUUUCUAGAAGGACUGUUUUUGACAUUUUGUUUUUAUUAUUUAUGUGAAACCAUUUCUUUGCCUCGCCGAGUGGUUUUGUACUCAAACUGAUUGAUGGGAAAUAAAUAGUUGGAUGUGU